AUGGUGAGCCUUUACUUAAUCCCUCGUGGACCAUCGGAUCUUUUUCCGAGAUCUGCCAGUCAGUCCAAAGGAACAGAUGAGGAACGACAUUUUGUUGAAUAUUGGGAUAUCGGUGGUUCUGCUAAUCAUGAAAAUACUCAGCAAGUUUUCUAUGACAACGUCCAUGGUAUCAUUCUUGUUCAUGAUCUCACCAACAAAAAAUCAGAGGCAAAUCUUUCUAAAUGGCUUGCAGCAAUCACUGCGAAAGGGAAGUUAUGUGUUAAUGGAUGCAGAAAAACUCCCAUUUCAAAUUCUAAAAGGCUUGAGGUUGUGUGUCAGACCACACCAAAUGAUCGUUCAGGUUCCAUAUUAGUUUCACCUACUUCUCCUCCAAAUUCAAUCACUUCUCCACCUGUUCCUUUACCGUCUGUCCAGCAAGCCUCAACAGUUAAUACACCACCGGUACUUGUGGUGGGAACCAAUUUGGAUCAAGUGCAGGGUCUCAAUCGUACCCCCUCAGCAUCAUUUCUUCCAUCUUGGAAUGAGAGUUGCUAUCGGCCGGGGUUCUCUACCAGUUUUGGCAGUUUUGCCGCUUCGCAUGGGUAUCCUCAAAUUACUGUUAAUUGUAAUUCUUCAAGCAGUUUUACUGAAAAUUCCUACAACGGUAGUGCUUUAUCAGCAUUUCUCCGACAAGUCAUUCGAUUCAAGAGGAACAAUAAAGGUGUUGGUAUAAGGCGCGAUCCAUCGGAUGAUUAUGAUUCCACUGUCACUCAACUCAUAUCGCUAUCUAACCAAAACAUAUUGUCAAUGGGAAAUCAAGGAAAUCUCCCUUAUGGCCGAAAUUUCGGUGGAGCCGCAUUUGACUGUCUUGCAUUUUUAGCAUUCCUAUCCUUCGAUUCGUUGCCUGUGGAAAAACAUGCUGUCUCUCCAUAUCCCUUAUCAGUUCUCGUCUUCGCCUUCAACCCAUUCUCCAUUUUCGCAUUUGGAUGUCAUUCCAUUGGAAUUAUUCCAGUCUUGUUGACUGUUUAUGUAUUUGUCUCUAUCGCCAAGGAUCGCACAUGGCUGGCUAGUAUUUUGUGUGCUCUCAGUUGCUAUCUAAAUAUAUAUUCCGGGUACCUUAUACUUGCUGUAUUGGCUCAAUGCCGAAAAUGCAAACUACGUUUAUUAAUCUCAACAUGUAUCUUCAUAUCUACCAUUGCUGGAUUGCUGUAUGCAACCUAUGCUUUUGACCACAGUUGGGGCUUUCUGAAAUACUGUUAUCUAUCUAAUAUCUUCGCUCUAAAUACUACUCCAAAUUUGGGUCUGUUUUGGUACAUGUAUUUGGAGAUGUUUACACACUUCAACGUUUUCUUUGUGUGGACAAUGCAACUUAUUAUUGCAACACUUUGUGUUGGUCUGCUGCUUCGGUUCUAUGAGGAUCCUUUGUUUCUGGCUCUCGUUAUCGCCAUGACAACUGGAGCACUGAGGCCCUACAACAGCAUUUCCGAUUUCGGUUGCACUUUGGCCCUUCUCACCCACUGGCGUCAUAUCUUCCCAUAUUUUAAGAACGGCUUCAUUCUCUCCCUGAUGAUGACCGUGGCUCUGAUACUGGCUCCACUUUUCUUUUUAACUUGGCUUCACACGAGCACCUCCAAUGCCAAUUUCUACUUCUCUGCUUCCCUCAUUGUUGGCAUUGUUCGGGUUCAAUUAUUAGCGCAGGCAAUUUCGAGUUACUUGCGGUAUGAAUUCCACGAAAAAUUCGGCCCUAAUCCUCGUCUUUCUACUGGUGCCAAGAUUGUUCCAUGCAUUCGUUCUUAA